GUGGGGAAAGCAGAUCCAUGCGCAGGGUUGCUGAGGGUGAAACUUUUCAUUGACUUUGCUCACUUCGGGCCGGGGCGCGGAAAGGUGCAGGUCGUUGGGACUGAGCGUCGUGGGAAGCGAGAGGCCAGAAGGACAGGACCUGUCCGACGACUUCACCCAGGGCUGGCCUCCAUCCACCCACCGCGUGACCGGUGCCAUCCUCGGGUCCGCCAUCCCCCCGCCGUCGCCGCCGAGCUCGACCUCCAAAAACAGCGGAAAGAAUCACAUGAGCUCGGCCCUCGGCGCUCUCUACCCUCAACGACGUAAAAGGACACCGUGGCCCUCAGCCUCGCGGCGCCCGGGGAGCUGGGAGAGAGACCUCCGUCCCGCGGCCUGCAGAGCGACCCUUCGCGGAGACCCGACCGAAAGCCUCUGGACCCCAGGAUCACUCACCUCUUCCCACUGCUGCUCUUGGGCUGUGCACGUGGCCUGUGCGGGUUCUCUGCCUAGAAGAGGAUCAUGCAGCUGGAGAUCAAAGUGGCCCUCAACUUCAUCAUCUCCUAUUUAUACAACAAGCUGCCCCGUCGCAGGGCAGACCUGUUUGGGGAGGAGCUAGAGCGGCUUCUGAAAAAGAAAUAUGAGGGCCACUGGUACCCUGAGAAGCCGUUGAAGGGUUCUGGCUUCCGUUGUGUCCACAUUGGGGAAGUGGUAGACCCUGUGGUGGAGCUGGCUGCCAAGCGGAGUGGCCUAGCUGUGGAGGAUGUGCGUGCCAACGUGCCCGAGGAGCUGAGUGUCUGGAUUGACCCUUUUGAGGUAUCCUACCAGAUUGGUGAGAAGGGAGUUGUGAAGGUCCUGUACGUGGGGGACAGUGAGGCGGGUGGUGCCCCAGAGCUGGACAAGGAGAUCAAGAGCAGCUUCAAUCCUGACGCCCAGGUGUUUGUGCCCAUCGGCAGCCAGGACAGCUCUCUGUCCAGCUCUCCCUCACCAUCCUUUGGCCAGUCACCCAGCCCCACCUUCAUCCACCGGUCUGCCCAGCCCAUCACCUUCACUACUGCCUCUUUUGCUGCCACCAAAUUUGGUUCCACCAAGAUGAAGAAGGGUGGUGGGGCAUCUAGCAGUGUGAGUGUGGGUGGCAGUGGGGUGGGUGGCCACCCACAGCAGCCGCCGCCACAGCAGCCUCGAGUGGCCCGCUCACCCACAAAGAACCUGCUGAAGCACAAGAACCUCUCGCUGUCUAUGCACUCACUGAACUUCAUCCCAGCCAACCCCAGCCCCCAGUCCCAGCUCUCUCCCAAUGCCAAGGAGUUUGUGUACAACGGUGGCGGCUCACCUAGCCUCUUCUUUGAUGGGGUGGAUGGCCCGAGCACCAGCACCGCGGCCCCCUUUGGGAGCAGUGGGGCCAGCACUUGCAACAGCAGCAGCUUUGAUGUGUCCCAGGUGUUUGGAGGCGGUGCUAACAGCCUGUUCUUGGAAAAAACACCCUUUGUGGAAGGCCUCAGCUACAACCUGAAUACCAUGCAGUACCCCAACCAACCCUUCCAGCCUGUUGUGCUGGCCAACUGACCAUCUUCCCAUCUGCCAGGCCAGGAGCACUCGCGACCACAGGAAAGAGAAAGGCCAAACGAAAGAGGGAAAGAAAACUAUACAAGAGAUUCCAGUCUUCUCAUUCUCCCAGCUAGGAAGAAGAUUCGCCCAGGCACAGAGUAGGAGGGGCUCCCAAAGCACCAGGUCUUGGACUCAGCCCCUGGCUCCUCAUUCCUGCCUGCCUCUGAGUUCAUUUGGUUGGUUUGGAUUUUGUAACUUUUUUUUUUUACGUGUAGUUUUCUAUAUGACAUCUUUAAUUAGUGGUUUCCUGUGCUAAGAGUGGUCCAGAUGUGAAUCGCUGCUCCCUAUUCCUCCUUGUGCCCCUUUGGGAUUGGUGUCCUCAGGCUCACCGGAAGGAAGAGCAGCAGCUGGAACAGGGAGAGGCUCCCCUAGUCCUCGGCCCCCAACCUAGCUGUCUUCUCAGGCCCUGCCACCCAAAUAGGCCUGGCCCGAGCCUCAACUCCCUCUCAGUCUGGGCAGCAGGAAGCUGCUGACUGGCCACUUGACACCCUCCCCCUACAGCUAGUAUCUGAGACUAGAGGGAGGUUAGCACUUUUUCUAACUGAAAUCCUUCUCUGUCCUGUGGCCCCAUCUCUCACCCUCUCUUGGCCUGGACAAGCUAUAUGCAGCCUCUUUCUCCAGUGCAGCCUUUCCCUGAGCCUGAGGUUAGGGCAGAGUUUAGAUGUAGGGGUAAGUGUAUGUUUUCGUGUAUGCAUUCAUGCCUGUGAGCGUGUGGCUUGCUGUCAUGUUCUCAAGGAUUCCAAGCCACACGGAUCUUCCCUCUGUAGAUGUGAUCCUGGGUUUUAUCACGUGCUUAUUUAUGUACAAGGUUGGGGGAUAGACCCAGGGUGGGUUGAUAGUCCGUUUGUAAGGAAGUAUAUGUGUGGGGUGACGCACACGUGGCUAAGCCUAAGAAACCCCAGGGGAAAGCACUGCAUAAGGAGUUUGUUUUCCAGACUGCAGAGGGAUCUGCACUUUGUUUGUUUUUGACCAAAAACAAAAAAACAACAACAACAAAAAAUCCCAACAGCAACAACAACAACAAAAAAAAAAAAACAAAACCAACUCUGAAGGGCAGGAGGAAUACCUGCCUGAUGAUGCCUGAGAGGAGUCCCUAGACUUCAGCAACUCCGCUGUGUGGCCUGAGCCUGAGGAAGGGACAGAGAGAGAAUUUGGAGCCCGUGCCCUGUGGUGGGCAGUCCUGAGCCUUGAAUUGAGACAGUGCUCUUUGGUUGUAGGUGUGAAUGCAUUUGCACCCAUCAGCAACUUCUUGGUUCCCAUCUCUUGCCAUACUUUGUCUACCCCCACCUAGCACUACUUGACCUUGAUGCUAUGAGAUAUCUCCUGGGCAGACAAGAGAAGGCCCUGGCACCCCGUGGCCCUGGCACUCCCAGGUGGGCACUGCGGCAGCAGUGAGCUCAGCCCAGAGGCACUGCCACCCCCUCCCCUUGCAUUGGGCUCUAGCUCUACCUCCCUCAGCAGGGCACGGCCUUGCGUUCGCAGCCCAGCACCAUCUGUCCCCUAGUCUCCUCCAGCUUGCCCAUUAUCCUUGGCGCCCACACAGGUGACAGUCCCAGGUAAAUAACCUCUGUGGGACAAGUUGGGUGUUGCCUUACCCCCUUUCCAGCCCCUCCUCCCACAGGAACACAGGUACCACCUGCACCCAAGCCAGCUUCUUUCUCACACAUGGGGAGGCCGGAGCCCAGCCCCUUGUGUCUUUUGAAAUAGGAAGAAAAAUGAGUGUUCAGGAACAUGACUCCUGGACUGGGCUCUUGGGCCCAGUUCAGUGUCUCAUCGCAAAUCUAGGCUUUUUUGCUUCUAUUUUAUUUUAUUUUUUAAGGAAAACAAAACAAAACAAAACUGCACUAAUUUACCUGGUUUCGUAGAAAAACUUUUUUUUUAUUUUUUACAUUUUUUGGUGUCCGUUUGUAUUGAAUGAUUUGCUACAUUUGUAAAAUGUAAGAGGUAUAUAUAAUAUAUGUAUAUUUCUAAUGUAAGAAACGUAAUUUUUUUCUUUUCAAGAUUUUUUCUUAAAAAGAGGAGAGAAACCAAUAUUUUUUCAGGAAAAACAAACUUUAAAAAAUAGGAACAUAAAACCUUUUCCACCCUUUUCCCCAUCCUCUCUACCCCUCUCACCCAGGAGCAAAACAGAAGGUGGAUCAUCUUGUCAAGAAUGUCAGCUGUCAGGCCAGAAGCUGUCUUUCUUGAUGCUGUAGUCUCUAUAGCUCCCCCUAGAGGUGGGAGUGGGCACAGAAGCAGCCAUAGAGAGGAGCCCCGGAGCAGGGCGAUGACCUUUUUUUCUCUAGUGAAGGAAGAAUGCAAUCAAGACAUUUUUGUAUUCAGAACGUUGUGCAAUAUUUUGGAAUGAGACAUUGGUGUGUUUAGAGAUUUAGUUUCAAAACAAAGAUUGAUCAAAUCUGUACAGUUUAUAUUGUUCCAGAUUUUUUUAAGUUUGUAUUAAAAGCAUGAUAUAUAAUAA